AAACUUGUUUCUCCACUAAAAUUCACAAUUCUCUCCUCUCUAUAGAGUUGAGAAAAACAAACACCACCAGACAAACACCCCUUUUUUUUUUUUAUCUAUUCUAUAAUCUCCUCCUACUAAUCAAUACUAGGUAUGGAGUUUUUCAACAAAGCCAAAGCAGUUAAACUCCGAUGCCACCACAACAAGUACCUAGUCGCCGAUGACGAUCAAGAAAAAGUGCGACAAAGCAAAAAUGGCUCCUCACGAAAAGCCCGAUGGGUAGUUGAAUUCGUCCCCGACAACACCCAAGUCCUCCGACUCAAAAGUUGCCACGGCCGCUACCUCACCGCGACCAAUCAACCGUUCCUCCUCGGCAUGACUGGAAACAAAGUACUUCAGACUCAACCGGAGAACAUGCGCGACAUGUUCAUCGAUUGGAAGCCCGAAAAAGACGGGUUUCAUCAGCUCAAGCUGAGGGCUUUUGGUGGAACAUAUUUACGGGCUAAUGGUGGGUCACCGCCGUGGAGGAACUCGAUCACCCAUGACAGUCCUUAUACUAGUUCGACUAGUAAGUGGAUUUUGUGGGACGUUGAGGUUGUGGAGAUCCCCGAAAAUGAGCCGUUGAACGAUUAUUUGUCGAUGCUUUCGAGCUUUUCGUCGGUUUCUGAUGAUGUUUUGUCGGAAAUUGGGUCGCCGGUGUCAAUCCACUCGACUAAUUCGCCGAGGUUAUCAAUUCAUCGGACCUAUUCUCCUAGGUUGUCUAUGCAGAAGAGCAGCACAAUGGAUAUGUUCACGAACGCAAAGGCGGUGCGGCUACAGAGCAUCCAUAACAAGUUCCUCCAUGCAGAAGACGACGAAGAGACCGUAACCCAAGACCGCAAUGGUUCCUCCAAGAGCGCCCGCUGGACGGUCGAAUUCGUCUCUUCCGACAACAACAACAUUAUCCGCCUUAAAAGCUGCUAUGGAAAGUACCUGACAGCAUCCAACCACCCCUUCCUGCUCGGCAUGACGGGCCACAAAGUCCUCCAAACCCUUCCUUCCUCUGGUGCCCGCCUCGACUCCUCGGUCGAGUGGGAACCAAUCAGUGAAGGAAGCCGUGUGAAGCUCAAGACUCGGUAUGGGAACUUUCUCAGGGCCAAUGGUGGGAUGCCACCGUGGCGAAACACCGUUACACAUGACAUACCACAUCGGUCUGCAACACAGGAUUGGAUUCUGUGGGAUGUUCAUAUUGUUGAAAUACUUGUCCAAUCUUCCCAUCACAAGCCUCCCGUUCAGAUUCAGUCACUGCAACAUUCAGACUCAUUUGCCGCGGACUUUGAAUCGAGCUCGCCUACUACUUAUCCUCCCACUUCGAUCCCUAUUCAAUCACUGCAAUAUUCAGACUCUUUCGCCGUGGACUCUGACUCGAACUCGCCUGCUACUUAUUACUCCACUGAGUCUCGCAGUUUUGGACGACAAGAAGAGUGGAGUGAAUCUUCUCCACGGCCUACGGCGGUGGUGGAUGGUCGGAUAAUAUAUUACCAAGUUGCGGACGAGUAUGGCAAUGUUGAUGACAGGUUGGAGGAGUUUUGUAUUACAUUUAGCGGAAAUGCGGUUGGUGAGCUGAUUCAGAAACUAGAGGAAGAGACUGGGCUUGAUGACAUUAUUGUGUGCUCUCGAAAUCCUUUGAACCGAAAGCUUUACCCUCUUCGCUUGCAGCUUCCUCCCAACAAUGCCACCAUGCAUGUUGUUGUAAUUGAAUCUUCAUCAAAAGGGGCAAGAGAAUUCUGAAAUGUUUCAGCAGACAGACAUCGCAGUUUUGAUUUAUGAUUACAUAGACAUAUACAUACACAUACAUUCUGCUUGGGCAUGUCCUCGUGUUUUUGAAAAAAACAAUUACGAAUAAGUUUGAGAAGCUUUGUUGAUGAGAAUAAAAAAUAAAAUAAAUAAAAACAUUCUAGCAAUCUCAUCUGUGGAAGAAGAAGCAUAGCUCUUGUGCUGUGGAUAACAAUAGGAAAUCUUCUCUACUUGAUUUUUGACAUUUCUUGGGGGACCUGCCUGUCAUUUGUGUUAACUGAUUUUGUUGUACAGUUCCCAUAUGCAAUUUUUGUCAUUCUUUGAUAUGUUGAUUUUGAUGGCUUGUCUUGCUUGCUAUAUUUUUUGUAAAUUUUUCACAGCAUGUUGUGAAAUUUUAUGAUUUUGGUUCAA